CACCUGCGCUCCUUCAAGACGGGGCUAUAUCUCGCCAAAUAAGGGCAUGUUGGAGCCUCGGUGGGGUGACGUUGAACGUGAAAUGGGAGAAGAACAGGAGAGCGCGGUUGGUUUAUUUGAACACCUAAACAGAGGGGGAACACCGGGCUAAUCUGGUUACAUAAGGAACCAUUGAAUUUUUUUGCACUGCACUAAUCCGCUGAACUAUUCGUGUUCAACUGUCCCGCUGCGACAUAACACACGGGACACACAUGCGCGCACACUUGUGGCUCUGAGGGCACAAGAGGCGCAGCAGGGUAGGGGCGCGUGAAAGGAGACGAACAAGAGACCGCUAUCUUUGAGGUUUGUACAUUUAAACGCAUCUCUGCGGAAGCUGCUAUGCUUCACGUUGCAACUGGCGGCUUGUGCUGCCGGAGCCGGUGACGAUUCCUCUGACGCGCCACUAGCCGCACCACCCAGGAGACAGAGAGGAGAGCUGCGAGCGACGGAGCGAGCAGAGGACUCACUGGACACCGGCUCCUCUUUCUCUUUCAAUUCUCCUUCCCUCCCUUGCGAACGCCUGCUGCCGUGCAAGUCGUGCGGCAUUUAACGAGCGUCAGCGUUUAAACGGUAACGUCGCCCAGGCUCUUUUCAGAUAUGGAGGUACCAGGCUUGGCGCACAACAUCACCAGCCCAUUAAGUCCCUGCGAGGGGAUGAUCAAGGACCUGAGCUUGGACGCCAUACAGUUAUGCGAACGAGAUGGAAGUAAAUCCCAGGAUGGCAGCAUCUCUGAGAUGGAGGAGCUCCCCGUUCCUCAGAACAUCAAGAUCAGCAACAUCACCUGCGACUCCUUCAAGAUCUGCUGGGACAUGGAGGCUCGCAGCAAGGAGCGCAUCACACACUACUUCAUUGACCUGAACAAGAAGGAGAACAAAAACUCCAACAAGUUCAAGCACAAGGAUGUUCCCACCAAGCUCGUGGCCAAGGCAGUGCCCCUGCCCAUGACGGUGCGCGGCCACUGGUUCCUGAGCCCGCGCACGGAGUACACCGUGGCCGUCCAGACCGCGUCCAAACAGACCGACGGGGACUACGCCGUCUCCGAGUGGAGCGAGAUCAUCGAGUUCUGCACUGCUGAUUAUUCCACAGUGCAUCUAAACCAGCUGAUGGAGAAGGCGGAGGCCAUCGCUGGGCGGAUGCUGCGUUUCUCUGUCUUCUACAGAAACCAGAACAAAGAGUACUUUGACCACGCCAGGGAGGCGCAAGGAAACCGGAUGCUGCCGUCAGUGAAAGACAACAGCGGCAGCCACGGCUCGCCCAUCAGCGGAAAGCUGGAGGGCAUUUUCUUCAGCUGCAACACAGAGUUCAACACGGGCAAGCCCCCGCAGGACUCCCCGUACGGUCGCCACCGCUUCGAGGUCCAGGCCGACACGCUCUUCAACCCUGACACCAGCCUGUACUUUGGAGACUUCUACUGCAUGUACACGGCCUACCACUACGUCAUCCUGGUCCUGGCACCGAAGGGAUCCAGCGGUGACGAGUUCUGCAAGCAGAGGCUCCCUGCGCUCGACAUCACCAACAACCGCUUCCUUACCUGCAAGCAGGAGGAAGACGGCGGCCUGGUGUUUCACCACGCCCAGGACGUCAUCCUGGAGGUGAUCUUCACAGAGCCCGUGGACCUGGCGUCGGGCACGGUGGCCGAGAUCAGCGGGCACCAGCUGAUGAGCCUGUCCACAGUAAACGCCAAGAAGGACCCCAGCUGCAAGACCUGCAACAUCAGUGUGGGACGCUAAAAAAACGUAAGAGAGGGAGGGAAGGACUAGAGGCGGCUGACCUCUACACACACGAAGGAAGUCCACAUGUACUGAUGAAGCAGACCAACACAUGCAUGAAGCAGCAGAUUUAGUAGGCUCCCAGACAUGCACACCGACAUAUCUCUGACACUGCUCUGUACUCUCAAGAGACCAUCAUUCCCAAAGAAAAAGUGGCAAAAAAAGAAAAAAAAAAAAGGAAGGCCACUCUGGCACCUGCACCAUCUUCUCCUCAUCUGAAAAAGGGUUACACUAAUGUUGAGACUGUUCUUAAAAAAAAAUAAAACACACCUAAAGAUAUCAAAAAAAAAGUAAACCUGGAACACAGAUAACGCAACAGAUCCACCUAAUCGGCAAGUCACAGUGGCGUACUGACCCUUUAACUGUACUAACAUCCACGGGCUGCUUCUAUUCAAUUUCCUGUUUUUUGAGUUAGUUGUCCCAUAUUUUAUUAACGACCGUCACCUUGUUAUUAUUGAUAUGCUGUUAACUGAGUGUCCACUGUAUGCGUGGACAGUCAUUUUGUUGUUCCUGAUUACAUUGACUGUCUUUUUUAGAAAUGUUUUGUUCCACAGUUGACAAAUUCAGACUUCUUUUUACCUCCUACUAGUGGCAUGGACUGGUACUACAAUUUUCUAGGGCUGCAGCAUCGAUAGUCAUCUUUCUUUAUACCAAAGGUGUUACAAACCAGACAUGAAACCGCUGGGGAAUUUUAACAGUACUAAUGCAACAGCCUCUAAAAUUCACCAAGUCUUUGAUGACCAAGUGUGAACGACUUGUUAACUUGUUAACCUUUAAAAAAGAAAAGAAAAAAGAAAAAGAAGAAGCAUGAUGCAGUUCUGUGCAGCAUGAGUAUGAAAGCUGUCAGUACCUCUACCAUGGCAACCUUUUCUGCAACUUAUUUUAACGUCGUCAGUGGAAAGAAAGAAAGUAGAACCUUAAACUGUGUUUAGCAGAAUAAAUGUGAAAAAAUAUUUAUUUUUAUUGAUACAUUCAUAUAUAUAUCUAUAUAUAUAGAAAACUAUAUAAACCAGAAGUGCACAAUGUCAAAAGCUCUGAUCAUUGUCAACAACGGAACAACGGAAUAAACAUAAACGACAUGAACACAAAUUGUAUGAGCAGCAGAUAUAAGUUGCACUACGAUGCCUACGUUCACCAACAUUCACAUAUUUUCCAAGAUGAACGUGUAAAAUCCAAUGGUCACAAUUUAGCUCAACUAUGGAAUUCUUAAUGCAUAUCAUAGCACAAUGUAGGACUAAAAAAACUGACAUGCACAAACACUGCAGGAUUGUCUCACUGAUUGUGUUUAAGCUUACACUUUUUUUUUUUUUUUUUUGCCAAGAUAGCACUUUUAAGAAUGCAGUUUCUACAUCGACGAUGGACGCAGCUGUCCAAAAAUAGUAUUUUGGCAAAGAAUAAACUGAGCAACAAAGUGCCAUAAUAUACAGACAGUAAUUUAAAAACGACUCAUCAAGUUGUUACAGCGCUUCGUUCUUGACAGAGAUUUUGUGCUACAUACACUUGCUACAUCAGGUUUGUAAUAGGAUGUACCAUGAAUGAUAAGGGAUGUGUUUCUGGGACUAAAAAAAAAAAAAACAACAACUUUUGUUCAGAUUGUCACCAAUAUCCAUCAGUUUUCUUCAUGUAAAGUGCAUCUACAUAAUGCGCAUGGCAUGAAACGAGUCCUAAUUUUUCAGAGAUGAUCGAGUCCUGUUCCGCUGAAUCAAAGUCCCACUGUGAGUAACUCAACUAGCCUUGGCUGAGUUCUGUUGUUUACUGAGCAGAGCCUCCAGUAGACGGAGCUUCGCUUUGAGGUUCUUAUACUGGCAGUACUCCUCCGCCAUUGGUCCACGGUCCUCCUUCUGACAAGCCCUGUUGAGAGAACGCGGAGGAGAGAAGUGGCAUCAAAAAGAAACCUUUCUUUAUGUAGUUUCCAAACAACCUGCAGCAGCUUCCAUAACUGGUUGAUAGUCCCUAUGUUGCCUUACUCAGAUAGCUUUGUACAGUGUGUAUUGUAAUCAAAAAACUUACUGUAUUUCCUUUGGAGGACUAACGUGUACAGUACCACGGGAUUUGUACAGUUCAAAACAACGUCUAUCUCUUCGUCUCUUUCCUGAGCUCUCUGUGCUGGAUUAACGUUACAUAAGUGUGCAUUACACUGUCGUACCAUUACGAUGGCAUUUCUUUCGUGGAUGUUUUUUCUUUGUUUUUCACAAGGCAUUGUUGAAAACCAAAUGUUCCAAGUUUAUUAAAAGGCGAAAUAAAAUUCAAAAGCUGA